CUAUAUACCCCGUUAAACCCUCUCUCAACCUCCGCGUGUCUCUCGGAAACCAGAUAGGUAGCCUUCAAGACGACCUUUGCACAUAUCAUCACCUUUACCAUCGAUCACUUGCUACAUUCGCUCUCAACCGCCUCCUUCAGCAUCCUAGAUCACUCGUUACCAUUUCAUCGCUGCUCGUCCUGCUUUGACAAGAUGUCCCAAAGCUCCGACUUCGACCACAGUACCGAGGAAUGGGAGGCACAAAGGGAGCUCUUCACCCACUAUUACGUGAUAGAGGACAAGCCCCUCUGGGAAGUGAAGAGCAUCAUGGAAAAUACCUACGGGUUCCGAGCCACCGAACGGCAAUACAAACGACGCAUCGCCCUCUGGAACCUAGACAAGAACAUCAGAGACUCCGAGAUGAAAGCCAUGCUCCGCCUACAGGUACAGCGCAAGAACGAGCAGGGCAAGCAGAGUAUAUUCUAUAUCCACGGCCGUCCGGUGGAGAACAAGAAGCUAGAGCGAUACGUGCGUCGCAAGGGCUUGAGCGAGGCUGAUAUCAUGGCGUGGAAUGCCCCCGUUCCCCCCUACAUUACAUGUCAGACUCCCCCGCCCGGGACGGCAGGGGCACAGACAGCAGGAUCUCAGGGAGCAGGAUCUCAGAUGGGAGAGAGUAGUCAGAGUGGAGCCGCGGGUCAAUACAACACUUCUUUCUCUUCUUACCCUUCCUCCACCUCCACCUACCGCUACCCUUCCCAGUACUACCCCUCCUUCUAG